ACGACCACGAUGAGAAACUACUGCGCUACGCCGCGUGGCGCCGUGGCCCAGCCCACAGGAUAAUUGGAUAAGGGACAUGCGCGCCAAGCUCGCCGUGCUCGCCACCGGCGCCCCUCCGCCACCACGGCCGCCCCGCCUCCACCCCUCGCGGCACCAGCGGCACAUCCCGCGCCGUCGGUCUCUCAAGCCGCCCCACUCUCUGCUCGACGGCGGACAGCCGUCGCCCCCGCCCCCGGUCCCAGCUUCGAGUUCGAGGAGGCGCGCCUGGCCGGCCGUCUCGGCAGCGCUCCUCGGUGCGGGGUUCCUCCUAGGCCCGCUCCUCGACGGAAUCCACUCCCGCGUCGGCCUCCAGGUCUACGGAAACGGCGCCCUCGACGCCGGCCCCCUCCACACCCACGUCCUGGUGCCGCCGCUGCUCGGCGCGUUCUACCUCACCGUCGGCCUGCUCCACCUGUUCUUGGACCAGAGGGCGCCGGCGCCCCCAAGAUCCAAGGCCACCGGGACCGCGAGGAAGACGGCGACGUCGCUACUCGUUCUUGCUCUGUUCAUCGAGCUGAGCGCGGAGCUGUACAGAGCAGGGUUGCCCAGCAACGUGGAGGCCUACAUCCUGUUCGCCGCCGCCGAGUUCGUGUGGGUGUUCCUGGAUGCCUCCUGGCUGGGCUUCGCCAUCGCCUGCCUCGUCGGCACAGUCUGCCCACUCGCCGAGAUCCCAUUGAUCAAAUUACUUGGGUGCUGGAGCUAUCCCAACGCCGACGUCCACCUGCUCGGCGAGGGGCUGGUGAGCUGGACGACGACAUGCUACUUCGUCUACACCCCGUUCCUGGCGAACCUGGCGAGGUGGAUCGAUUCACGGCUGGCAAACGACGGCGACGACGACGACGACGACGGCGGCGGCGGCGGCGGCGGCGCGCAGGGAGACGACGACGAAGCAGCUCGGUCUUGAACAGCAGCAUGAACUGCAUGAUUCCAGACUGAAGAACCAUUGUGCAGCCAGCGCCUCAUAUACAGUUGCACGGUCCAGGCAUUCAGAGCUCCCUCCCGCUUGCAUUGCGCAGUGCCAAGCAUCGUGAAGGUUGUUGGGUCAUGCGAAGGUUCUCUGAGAAAAUGGUCAGAGUAAUACUCAGAGCAUAUGCCGUGCUGUUCCAAUAAGCGUAUGAUGGCGAUGCGACCUUAAUUUUAUGAUGGCCGUAGCGGGGAGGAGGAGGAGAAGGAUGGGCAUGGUUGUGCGUAGCUUUUGUUAUAAUGAUCUGAAAGCAUGGCCGCAUUAUGUUGAAUGAGAUUUGUCUUCAGGAAAGGCACUCCAGCGACGUACGUACGUGGCGACCGGCGUUUCUGAUACAGUUGGAAGAACAGUUUACUCUACUUUUCUCUCUGAUUGAAGCCAUUAUGCCAUUGACACUGAGCACAAGUAGUGUCUUCUUUAACACCUGACAAGUAGUGUCUUUUUGUGUUGUUCUGCUUUGGAUGCACAGCUGAGAAAUACUGAAUUUACUAGUGUAAAUCGCACUUCUCCACACCCAGUUAUGCCAUUGACACUGUGCACAGACUGACAGACAUUAGUGGCAAAUAACAGAAGGAUUAAAAAUUGCCAGUA